CGGGGCUCCCGGCGAGGACUACCUCUACUGGGCGAAGAGCCUGGACUUUACCCACCCGGACCUGCGGGAGACUGCCGGCUGGGACGGCCGGUAUUGCCGCGUCAGCGGCUUCCUCGAGCCCGACGUCGUGGCGCUGCAGCACAACUUCUCGGGCCUGCAGGCGAAGGCCAGGGAGCUGUGCAGCACAAAGUACGCCCGGCGCGGAGCAGAGGGGCUGUCCUUCCUCGACAUGAUGUCCAGGGCCCGCCACGAGGACGGGGCGCCCAGCGCGGAGGAGGCCGACGUGCGGGCGGCGUGGAGCUGCGCGAUGGGAGACUUAGGCUGCGACCUCGCGAUGUGCGCCUACAGCUUCUGCGCCCGGGCUGGCGCGCCGGGCUCCGCGGGGCUCUACGGCGAUUGCCCCGGGUGGCACCCCGAGCGGGGCAUGCCGCCGCCGGCGCCCGCCGGCUGAGCCGGAAAACUCGCCGCCGGCGCGCCUGAAAAGCGGCUG